UACUUUCUUAUGCUCUAACUUCAUGUUAUGUUAUGAUAUCUUACCUAAAACUAUCAACUUCAAAAUUAAAAAUAUAAAUGUAUAAAUCUAGGAAAGUGUUAAUAAAAUGGCAAGCAAACAAUCUAGUUCAAGAAAACCAGAAGAACUAAAGAAAAUGAGUUUAAUUCAAUUAAAAGAAAUAUUAAGUCGGGAAGAAUCUCUGCUAAAAAAUAUAUCCAUAAUAUCCAAACUUCCAGAUAGAGGUGAAUCCAUCAAAAAAUUUCAUGAACAAGUUAAAUACGAAAUAAAAUCUAGGGAAGAAAUGGCAGAUAUAGAGCUUUCUAUUUCGACAUUACAAAUCUCUGAAUCAGAUAAACAUGUUCAGAAACUGUGUGAGUUAGAAAAAACUCCUGAAAAAGAAAGAUACAAACCAUUUUCAACUUUAAACACAACCAAAGAAAUUCAUACUGAUAGGAAGGUUUUUAAGACCAUGGAAGAUUGGAGUAAAUGUAACAAACCAACAAAAUUAAUACCCUUAGCCGAAUCGAUGGAAAUCCUUAAGCAACAAGACGAAAAAAUUAAAGAGGAACAAAUUAAGUUUAAACAUAGACUUUUAGCAAGGCAGUUAGAAGAAGAGAAUGCACAAGAGGAAGAGGAUGAGGACAGUGAGAGUGAGGUGGAUAAAGCUGAAAGUGAAUCAGAAGAUGAAGAGACUGUAGCUGAUUUACAUAUUUUAAAUACUGAACUUAACUGAAUACAAACUUGAAAAUUGUGAUAUAGUCUUAAGUUUUAUAAAUAAAAAUAUAACUUAUCUGAA